CGAAACUGCCACCAAUGUCUAACACACCAUUCUACACCACAAAUAAUUGGCACUUGGGCAGUCUGAAACAGGGUGACGUUCUACAGCUCGUGUUAAUAGCGACUGCGAGCUGGUUGCGACGUACGGUGUUUAUCUUCUGGUUGUUUGGAAGUCGAUCGGUGAGCCUUUGAGUGUUGCUGAGCGCUGAAUCUCGGUCAGAUGUUGACACCGCAAAGUAUUUGCUUCUGUGGCGUUUCUCUCAGGGAGCACAUUGGCUACGGCCUGUUGCGACAGUCAUGGCAGUGCG